AGCUUGGUUUUUCGUCCUAACCUGUCGGUGUUACUUCGUCCGGAUCGUAACAUCGAUUUUAGCCGAGGAACAGUAGAGUUUAUCGACGAGCACGUCGUAUUUACAGUUGUCGAUCACGUCUGGUGAACCGUCUGGUUCGCGUUGUAGCGAUUUUUAUUCGUGAUUGGCCAUUGCUCGCAGGACAACGCUUGAGAAGACGCGACGAUGAUGGAAAGCUGAGAAUUACGGUUUUCAUAUCGUGCACGAGAGAUGAAUGGUACCAGACUUGGUAGGGGUCGAGGUGGCCGCCUUGCCGUAUACGUGGGUUGCGGGAUGGUGGUCAUUCUCCUGGUGUUCCUCUACCGCGCCGCCACCUCAGAAAUGGCCAGGCUUCAAGAGCUUAAUGUCCAAUGUUCUCAUCAACAGGAGGCUCUUGCCGCUCAACUUCAAGUGAUAUUCGAAUACAAAGUGAGGUUAGAAAAAUCGUUGGCCGAGGAAAAGAGUUCGAACGCGGCUGUGAAACAGGAGCUUCAGCAACGAGCGUCCAGAGAAAAAUCCCUUAGAGAUAAGGACAGUAUAGAGGCGAUGCAGAGAUUCAACUCUUUGCAACAAACGUACAAGUUGCUGCAGACGGAGCAUCAGGAUUUGAAGGAGGAAUGCAAGAAACGGGACCAGCAAGCUUUAGAGGACACUAGUAAAUUGGAGACAACUCUCAGAGAGCUUCGUAGUCGGAUUAGGCAGGCGAGGGAGGACAAGGAGAAGGCUUUGGAACAUUUGAAGAACAAGUUCCUGGAGUUGGACACGCAGAAAAACGAAUUGGAGCAAAAGUACAAUGACAUGUUGAAAAAUAACGUGGACACGGAUAGCACGAUUGAACAUUUGAAAAAGGAGGUGAUUCAAUUGAAGCGCGAGCUGGAUGAAGCUAAAAAAUUGUCACGCAAAGCUACUUCUCCUGGAUCAAGCGUAUCCAAUCCGCAACCAAUAGCGUCACAAGCGAAAUCUGGAGAAGAAGAGAAUGCAGAAAAACCUGUUGAUCGGUCGCAACAGCAGCAGAGCACGGUGACGAUCAGCUUGAUGAAGUCGAUACCGGCUGUCAAAUUGGAGACUUCAACGCCUGCAAACAGCGGCAAUCCGAUGUCCACGUUCGCGGACAAGGCUCUUCCGAUCGCGAAACCGGUCUUGAAAUCCAAACUUCCGGUUGGCGUGCCUCCUAUCCCGGUGAUCAUCGACCAGAAGUUGGAGAAUCACGAGGAGAAGCAAGACGAGGUGGCCAGAAAGAAGGAGGAACCCAACAAGAAGAACAGCAACGUGGAUAGCAAGGAGCAAGAGGGUGAAAAUGGCAAUCUGGAUUCUCCAUUUGAAGCUAUUCCAGCGAGAAGAGCCGAUGAACAGGUUCCAGACAGAAGAGGGAAUGGUUGGUUCAACGUUGGCCCUGGUGUACAGGAAAUCGGUGAUGAAUUGAAUCACAUUCGUUUGGCUGGUAUUGAUGGUGGUGGUGAACGAGUUGAUGUUGGUGAUGAUCAAUAUGAAGGUGUUGAGUAUGACAAAGAACCGCAGCAAAAGGAUAGUGAUUUGAGAUUGGUUGAGGGUGAAGAUGAAGGUGAAGAUGAAGAUGAUCAGAUAGACUAUCCUCAGAACUUGAAACAGGAUAAAAGGGAAUGAAGAAUUUUUCAAAAAAAGUAUGAAGUGAUGAAUUUGAUUAAAAAAAGAAAAAAAAUGAUGAAGUUCAAGAAAAAAGCAAUUAUGGUACUAAUUAACAUCUACUAUCAAUUAAUUCUUCAUCUUGUCACUACUUAACUUGGCUGCUAAUCUUCUCUUGGGAGAAGGAAGAAGAUGAAGGAAGAUUUUCAACGAUAGAUGCACCAUUUUACUUUUUUUAUCUAUAUUUUUUUCUCUCUCUCUUUUUUCUGGAAAAUUCCAUACGAAGAUUUAGCCAAAAGAUUUAGAUAGUUUAUACAGAUGCUAUUUAAGAGUCGCUGCUUGGUCAACGAGUAGAUGGUAUUUUUUAUUCAAAAGCUUGUUGAUUGGACCGAGCAGUGUGUCGAUAGAAAGAAACAGACUGUAUUUUUCUAGAAUUAAUUCUAAGAUAAGAAAGAUACGAGUUAAAGUUUCCACAUGGCGAAAGAAAUCUCUUGCAAAAAUUCACUCUUUCAUUAGCAGAUAGAAUAAAAAGAAAAAAAAAAAUAUUCAUUGUAUUUCAUUGUAUGAGAAUUAAAAAACAGUAUUUGUAAUAUUUGAUAGAUAGCAAUAAUUUGCAUAAUGAUUAUUAUUACAGUAUUUCAUAAAGAAAAAUUUUUAUACAUAAGAAACUAAUUUCACUUUAUGAAAAUAUAAAGUUUCUUUUUAAAUGUAUAGAUUAAUCACUUAUACAAUUAAUGUUUCCUAACAACAAUCUAAAAUAUAUUUUAUUUACGUAUUUAAUUCAAUAAUAUUUAAUGAUUUAUUUUACAAUUUAGAAAUGUCAUGUGUUCUAAUAUUCACAUCUAAGAAGUUCUGAAAGUACGAAUAAUUGAAAAAAAAUGUUUCUUCUUUAUUUCUUUAAAUUAAAAUUUAAUCAAUUAUUAUUUUAUAUCUAAUUUAAUUAAUUGUCAUUUUGAUUGAAAUGUUAAUGAAUCGAUCAUCGGUUAUCAGUAGAAUUUGAGCAAUAUGUAAGAAAAUCACAACAAACAUUCUGCCAAUGAAAGAGUCGAUAACUUUCCUCAACGAACUACCUACGCGGUGUCGCGACUUAAAUGCACUUAUUACUUAAGCCGUCUCGUUGGACAUUUUUAAAUAGAAAUUAACACCUCAAUCAGCCGACAAUUCUUGUUGGAAUCGUGCAAUAUGAUCGGUACAAGGGUACACGUGAUUUAUUUAUUGCCUAUCAGUCGUCGUUUUGGCGCUAACAAUCAAGACUUAACAGAAUGAAAGGAACUAAACUUUAAGGAAUUUAUUAUGGAUUUAGAUUAAUAUUUGUUAUGAGCGUAGAUAUAUCUACUUGACACAGAGAAAAGUGAUACAAUAUGUACAUAAGAGUUUUUUCAUAAUAAAAAAAUUG